AAUGGCCGUCCCUGGCCUGAUGCCUGGCUCUGGGGCCAGAGUGAGGCCCAUUGUUUGAGGCUGGAGCUGGGGGGGGCCGGGGCCCAAGGGCCUCCAGGAAGCCCCCAGAAGUGCCCUCUGUCCCACUUCCCACAGAUCCAGCGCCUGAGCAAGAAGACAAGCACACAGCCCCAUCAACCCCGGCAGGAUGAAGGUGCCCACGGCCGUCCUCCUGGCCCUGCUGCUGUGCCAGCAGCCAGGCAGAGGGCAGGUGCAGGGCGAGGAGGAGGAGGACGACGACGCGGACUUUGGGCUGGAUGGCUAUGACGAUGACGAUGAGGAAGAGGAGGAGGAGGCCAGUGUGACUGCAGGCGGCAGGGGCAGAGCCCUGCUGCAGUGUUACUCCUGCCAGGCCCUGCACAGGGGGGAGAGUUGUGACCGGAUUCAGAACUGCGUCCACAGCCACAGCUUCUGCAAAGCCGUCGUCUCCCACGGGAACACCGGGUCGGGCCCUCUGACCACCUACUCGGCGUGGUGCGCAGACGCGUGUCAGCCCUUCGCCAAGACAGUGGAGGGGACCCGGAUGACCGUGACCUGCUGCCAGUCCACACUCUGCAACCUCCCACCCUGGCAGGACCCACUGGGCAGGGGGGCAGGGAGCCCCCAGGGCAGCCCCACUCUGGUGGCCACUGUCCUCCUCAGCCUCCUCCCGGGCCUUCAGGCCGUGGGGUCCUGAGUGGGUGGUCCCACCCCAACCCCAGCCGGGCUCACACCCUGGAUGGCCAGCACUCACUCCAGUGCCUUACCCACCUGCCCACCCCCCACCCCCCGGCUUUGGAGAAUAAACGUGGAGCGACUUCAGGGGUACGGCCAGCACUGGCUCCUCCCUCCCCCGCGUGUCCCCGCGUGUCCCCGCACGUCCGAUCUGUCUGGCAUCUGCGGCCUCUCUCCCCACUGCCUGUGCCAGGACGUGGGCCUCAGGUCCAGGCCUCAGCUGCUCAGAGGGUGGGUCCACACAGCCUGGGGAGAGAAAACACGUGUCAUAUGCUGGAGUGGGGGUGGGGGCGGCCCCAUUCUCUCCUCACCCUCCCGCCACUGAAAGGCCUCCAUGCACGUGACUGUUGCCUGGGUUCCUGAGAAGUGGGCGGUGGGAGGGGCUGGGAAGAGAACCCAAGUGUGCCCCAGUGUCCACUGUGGCCAGGCUGGCACCGUUGGCUGCUGGGCUCUUGGCUUCCUGACUGGUGCCAAGACAGAGCCCUGGGACAGGAGGGAGGAAGCCUGGGUCUGGGCCUCAGUUUCUCCAUGGAUAAGUGUGGAACAAGGCCCUUGAUCUCCACCAGCUCAACAUCCCCAGGGUAGGGAAGCCCAGGGUCCUCCGCUGCCUGUCAAGGAUCUCCAGCAGGUAGACAGCUUCCCACUCUCUGUUUCCUUCUUUCCUUAUUAAUGAAAACCUCCAGGUCUGGUGGGGGGGACAGAUCCCUGAGGUGGAGGUGACAUGUCUUUCUUCUUCUCCUUCCUCCUUCCUGUUCCCUGAAAUGAUGGCUGGGGCUCAGCAGCCACUUUGCACCAUGAGGCAGCACACUGAGGCUAGUAGGGCAGCAAGGAGGAAGGGGCCUGGAUCGCUGGUGACCAGGAACCACUGUACUAGCCCCACACUGCCUACCUUAGGACCCCUUUCCUUGGGAGAGAAAUAAAUUGCUGUGGGGUUGAA